AUGUCGGCCAACCCACCCCCACCCGCACCCGCACCCGCACCCGCGCCCCCAGAACCCACCCCGAUCUCCACCUCCACCACCUCCACCACCUCCGCCGCGGUAGAGCCCGACGGCCCACGCGCAACCCGGCUGCGCGCGCUGUUCAAAACCUCGCUCGAGCACUCCAUCAAGACGUGCUCCUACAGCAACUUUGCAAAGUGCUUCCCGACGCCGGCACAGAAUGCGCCCGAGCACCUGCGGCGCGCGUGGGAGGAGAUGUGUGCGUAUUUUGAGGGGCGGUCCACGGUCGAGUGGGAAAAGAUACUAAAGGAGCGCAAUGUCAUUGAGAGCCUGAACCAGCUGGACGUGCUGAUCCGGGAGGCUGAAGAGCGGCGGGCUGCGGCGCCGGCGGGGGAGGUGCCGAUUCCACCAUCUACACUACCGCCCGACGUGAUCAUGGGCGCGCAGCUCGCGCCCGUCCUCGCCGCCGCACAGGAGAAGGUCAAUGCGCGUAUCGCGGACGUGCAGGCGCAGAACGCGGGCCUGAUUGCGGGCAUCGAGGCGCAGAGACGGGAGAUUGAGGAGCUACUAGGCGUGCUAGGGCGAAACCUGGCGGGGCUGGAGGGCGCGGUGCAGGCUGUGAAUGAGGGGAAGGCGAUGCUGGUGAAGGAGGGAGGGGGGCUGCUGGAUGGGGGUUAG